AAUGAUUAGAUCAACACGUCAGUUUGCCCUAUCCUUGGAGCACCUCUUAAAGUUUGAGCCGUACGCUGGCCUGGAUCCAACCAUUAUACAAUGUAUCCACAGUGAGAAAAAUGUCAAGAAAGACAUAGUAAUUUCCAGUGGUUUCAUUUCCUAUUUUGCCGAUCAGGUUGCCGACCCCGACAUUGAAGAUCGAGAUCAAGUAUUUCGAAACAGUCGCAUGUACAGAAGAAUCCUGAGCCAUUCGAAUGUCAAAGUUCAUUCAAGCAGUCCUAAACAGGAGGUGGUCCAGGCUCUUGAGACGUGGAGAGAUGAGACUGAGGGAACUUACAGCUGUCUAAGGGAGACCCUCAACAAGUACAGCGUUUUCUCGGGGAGAAACCCUCUGGACCUAGCUGGUGUGGCUCAUGAUGAUAUUGAUCCCUCUGUGUUUAGUAUGGAUCCAGGGACUAGCCUCCAUGAGUUAAUGGUGAAGCAUGGAGUCACUGACGAGCAAUUGGAUCGAGAGAUUGAACAGGACGACCUUGCUCUAUUAGCUAUGCACUUUGAUGAUGUGGAGCUAUACCUCAACCCACUGAAGUUAACUGACAAUGAACAGGUUGACGUGAGGCGAGAUACUUAUUUAAGUAGAAGCAAUCAAGUGGCAGUGAUCAACUGUUUGUCAAUCUGGAGAGGUCAUGAGCCCAGUGAAGCAACAUUCAGAACACUGAUUAGGAUCUUAUUGGAACUGGGUAAGGACGGGAUUGCUACCAAGAUCUGUCAGUACUUGAAAGAAAAGGCUGUGAAUGCUGCGAGUGACUGACUGUAUGUAUAGGACUGUAGGUCUUACUAAAUUGAACACAAUAGACAUUGUUGUUUGAUCAUUGUGUGUGUGCUUUUUUAUAAUAAUAUCAGGCUACUUGUUCAUGUAGAUCUACUCCUGAUAAUAAUAUAUCUAGCUCUUGUGUUAAGGAUUUCUUUACCCAAUCAAUUUUGCCUUAAUUUC